UAGCGGGCGGUUUGAAUAUGGCGACGGCGGCCGAGGACGCGCUGAGUAAGGCGGAUGGCGGCAGCAGCAGCUCCGUCAGCAGCUCCGUCAGUUCGGCCCCGCCGCUGGCCAUGGAGGCCGUGGCCGCGGAGUGGAUGCUGGAGUUCGCCUGCUCCUGCCUGUGCCGGCACUUCGCGGAGCAGAGCGGGGCGGAGUUCUGGCGGUGGAAGGACGUUGCGCAGGCUCUUAUUAAUGGCUUCUCCCAAAUACCUCCACAUCAGAAGAAAAGAGUAUAUAUCUGCCAGCUUUUGAUAAGAAUUGCACAAGGAAAAAGCCUUGUAUUACAGUUUGAAAAUGAUAAAAAAAUUUCACCUUUGGAAUCUGCUCUGUCUUUCUGGACUUUACUUGAAAAGGAAGAAAUUAAACUGGCAAAACUUCAUGAAGAUAUUCGUCGCUUGAUUCAAAUUCAGAUUGUGGCAGUGCAUAUGGAAAACAGAUAUUUCAAGGAAGCUGCUGAAGUUCUUGAAAGGCUGUUCACAGACUCUGAAUCAGAUAAGCCUUUAAGGGUGAAGCUGGCAACUGUAAUUAAAACCAAGGAUCCACAUGUUCCUCUUCUCCAAAGCUUCAGUUACAGUCUUUUGAUAAGUAAAGUCAAGUCUUACAUUGAACUUUUCAUGAAAGAAAAUGAAACUAACUUCUUAAUACAGGAAGCCACAAAACAUGUGGCAUUUAAAGGAUUGGGAGCAACAACAUUGCAAAACAGACCUGUGAAAGUCAGUGAAAAUGACAAAAGUGAUUUGAUAACAAAAAAAAGAUUGCUGAAAGAGCAACAGUAUAUCACAAGUCAGUCUUCUGGAGACACAAAAAGGAGAUGUUCAGGACAGAAACCUGAAAAGAACAGAGUUCUUCAGAGUCUUAGCAACAUGGAUAAUGUGGAAAAAAAUGAAGUUUCUUUGGCAUGUAGCCGAAGAAGACAGCGAUGGACUUACAAAGAAGACUUGGAGCUGAAAUCGGGAGUGAAGGAGUUUGGAGUGGGUAACUGGACCAAAAUUUUAGUCCAUGGUAACUUCAACAACCGAACAAGUGUCAUGUUGAAAGACCGGUGGAGAACACUGAACAAGAUGAAACAAAGGUGAUCUGGACUACAGGAACCAACUCUUCUCGAUCUUUCUCUACAUGAGGACCUACCCUAGCUUUUCAGAGUAACAUCUUCUUUUAGUCUCAUAGUGUCUAGCAGUGUUGCUAUCCUAAAACAUGAAGCAGAAUAGUAAUAGGUAUAAAACAUUCAUGUAAGCUCACUUGCUCUGGUAAUGAUGACUUAAAUGUAAAGUCUGGCCUUUUUCGCUGCGUGCAAUAAUAGAUGACCUAGAUUCUGAAAUGUGAAAAUGUUUGUAGUGUUUUAAGAAAUAUCUGUUAUGUAAAUAGGGGUAUUAGAUCUGCCUGGCAACCUCUUUAGCUUGAUGGAAGCUAAUAAAAAGUCAAGUGUUCUGUAUUUUUAAAGGCCUGUAGCUCUUUUUAGAAUGACCUUUUCAUAAUUACUUCCUGCCAUAUAACCCGUUCUAAUUUGUUUUGCUUCACUUUGGAAUUUUGGUCAGACUUGUCAUCUCUGUAAGUUAUACUAAAACGUAUGUAUUUAUAAGUAUUGCUAAUUUUAUGAGCUGAUGGUUUGUUGACUUUUUUUUCCUGCAGUUAAAAAUGUGUAAAUUCAUAUAAUAUUGUAUUUGUAUGUAAUAAAGGGAGUAGUUUGUUUUUUAGUUUUGUUUACAUGGAAAGGAGCACUUAGCAUCUCUUGGUUAGCUUGUGCCACCUACCUUGUCUUGACAAGUGACUUGUUCCAGACCAGCAGGAAUGGGAAAGCUCAAAAAAACAUGGCCAAAGUGGGGCUCAAUAAUGAGUCUACACUGUCAGUGACAGCAAAGAUUCACUUUGAUGGAGAUUACGAUCAAGGUCUCUGCUGGCCACUGCAACUUUCCUGCUCAUGGGAGACUGGAACAGAUGGAUGAUGGCACUAGCCUGUCCCUCUGGAUUCAGAUCAUUUGGAAGAGAUUUCUACCAUCUCAGAAAAUUCAAGCUUUCCACUGUCAUACUGGUGUGAAUCUAGUGACUUGAAUUGAGAUGUUUUCUGUACCUUUUUUCUUGGCUAAGGUUUUUGUUUUCCAAGGACCUUACAAGGUUAAGCACCUGUCUGAAUUGGUUAUAAUAUAAUAAAGCUUUCUGAGAUAAUUUUUCCCCAUUAAAAAGGAAAACAUAUAUUCUUGAAGUCUGAAUGUUCAGAAAGAGUAUUAAACUAAUCUCUGCUUUCUGUUUUUGGAGGCCUGCUUUCAUUACAAUAAAAUGGUGAAAUACAGUUCAAAAGUUUGCUUCACAACACACUCUUAUUGUGGACAGAAUUUCAAGCAGAUCACCUUCCUCAUUUCUGCCAAGAGAUGCUAUGGUUUCUUCCAGGAAGUCUUUAUGUUGCAUGGACAUGCUGCCUGUCUUAACAGGAAGUUUUCUCAACCUGCACAGCAGCCUUGCCAUUGGUCAGAUGUUGCACGUUCCUAUGUUAAUUGUUGUAGAUGAGUAUUUUUAACUGGUAAUAAGUAAUCUUUUUUACUCUUAGCCAAGGCCUUAGUCACAAAGUCUUGUCUACGUUCAUCUGCCAGAAAAGUUUUAUUGUGUAUUAUUGACAUGAAGUUCUGAGGAGACCAAUUCCUUAACAAUGGUGACUAGGUGUAUGUCUUCACGAAGGCAGCUGAAGGUGAAAACUGCAGGGUAGAGGAAAAAUACU